AUGGUUGAAUUAACAGAAGUACGUGAAUCAGGAGAAGAUCAAUUAGCCCAAACUUCGGCUAUAAAUGAUAAAGGUCCACUUUUAUCAGAUAUCAACGAUAAUGAUGAUAAAAAUGACGAUGAUGAUGAUGAUGAUGAUGAUGAUGAUAGUACAUUCGAUCAAGAUGAAACUAUUUGGGAAAGAAUAGAAGCCUUAAAAGAUAUGGUUCCACCAAAGCAAAGACAUCAAAUUUCUGGUGGUUUAAGCACAAUUGGAUCUACAAUUAGAGGGGUAUUUAAUAAGAGUUUCAGUUUGACAUGGAUUAUUACUACAAGUGCUUUGCUAUUAGGUGUUCCGUUAUCUUUGAGUAUCUUAGCGGAACAGCAAUUAAUCGAAAUGGAAAGAAGCUUUGAUUUACAAAAGGAUGCCAAUGAAUUAUUAGGUCAACAGGAAAACAAAGAGAGCUCCGGUAAUGCUACAGCUACUGCUUAG